GCACAAACUAACACUUGUACGAUGUGUGUAUACUUUUGGCAUGUUGGAAAGUUUGGAUUGUAUUGCAAAUGUUGAUGUUGGAGUAUUGAGAAGAAUGUAAAGAUAGAGCCAAGCAUGGGGGGCUGUAGGCAAGGAAAAGUUCAAUGUCUUUUGGUUCCUAAGACAGGUCUAAACACACCAUUUCAAGGUGGCUUGUUAAAGGAUGUAGCUGAAAGUGUUAUAAAGUGGGCAAAGGAUGGCUUGGAAAGGAGAGGCAUUGGGGAAUCAAUGUACUUGAAUGAGCUAGCAGAGGAUGUUAUAACAGGUGUGAAACCAGUUGAGAAGCUUUUGCAGAUGUAUAAUGAAAAGUGGGGAAAAAAUGUUGAUCCUGUGUUUGAGGAGCUACGCUACUAAGUUGAACUUGAUUCUCAUGACAAAACGCCUU